GUGAUUGCAGACCCUGAUUUCGGAGGGAGGAUGUUGGAUUAUGGAACGAAUUGGCCUUAAUUGUGGUGCAUGAGCAUCCGCGACAUGGAGAUUGCGAGAGCUGCGGAGUUGGUAUUCUGUCACCAACAAAAAUCUGCAAUAGAUUGUCCAAUCGAAGUUGUUCUACGAGAAAUUCGAAACGCCAAGAAUGGUGACAUAACGAUAAAAGAGCUCUCGGCGGAGUUUGCGGAACAUGUGAUCGAGGCAAUGACGGAGAAAAUUGGGUCAAGGCAACUGGAUAUCACCAAUCCCGGAAUCCAACACUUGGUUUCCUUCUAUCUCAACACACCGGCGUCUUUCAAAGAAAAAAACGCGCAGUUUAUUAUGAUUGCUGAUAGACUUCCUCGUUCUGCAAUUCAGAAGGCUCAAGUUCUGAGGCAACAGCUCUCAGUUGCCCUCAAUCGAGUUGUCCGUUUGGAACAACUAAGCUUAACUGGCGAUGAUGGAAUAAAAGGACAUGGAAUCCCCGUUGAAUACGAUCCUAAGAUUUGUUGCAGCCGGGGUAGUCCACUGGUUUCCAAUCCGAAACGACCUGUUCGACGCGAAUUUAUGAGCUUUUUUGGCUCCUUGAAUGAAGAUGAAGCCGCAAACCUUCCCAACAAGGUUAUGAACUACUUGUGUGGAAAAACCCGCGCCGAUACUGGUUUCUUGUUAAUGAAACUACCCGGUUCCAAUGAAUUUGUGUGUCACUACACCGGUGACCGGAUCCUUCACGAGCCAGUCUGCGUGGAUCUAGAGGACGAGCUGCUCUCAAGUGUGAUAAAUUCAAGGAAAGGUGUAUGCAUGCGGCGUCCUUCGGAAGACCACGUGAAGACAAUUUCAACCCUACUUCGCACAACUGGAAAGUCUAUUCAACUUCAGGCUGCUGCGUCAGAAUUUUCGCCUGAAUUUGAAGCACCCCUACAAGUCCAUUCGAUGCUGUGCUGCCCAUUUUUUGGACCAAGUACUGGCUGUUUAAUUGGGAUAAUUUUCCUACUAAAUAAGCAAGAAACUACAGAGUUUACACCGACCGACGAGAACAUCGUUCAAGAGUGUAUGCUAUAUACCUUACCGCUACUGCGUUAUUCUCUGGCAUAUCUGAACGAGCGGGCAAAUACAGCACGGUCUGACGAAAUGCUGAAAGUUGCUGGAAGCAUUUUCACACACAUGAUGGAUUUGACGGACCUAUUGCUGAUGAUUAUGCAAGAGGCGCGGAACCUUACCAAAGCUGAACGAUGCUCCGUUUUCCUUUUGGAUCGAGAGACAAACACGCUAGUCGCCAAAGUUCUGGAUGGACUUCCAACCUCUCCCCACAAAAAUCUACCAGAAGAGAUUCGUUUGAAUCCUGACCAGGGAAUAGCCGGUAACGUGGCCACAACAGGUGAACUUUUGAAUAUCAAAGAUGCCUACAAGCAUCCUUUGUUUUAUCGUGGUGUGGAUGAAGAAACUGGAUUUCGGACCAGAAAUAUCCUAUGCUUCCCGAUAAAAGAUGAGGAAAACGGGAUUGUCGGCGUUGCUCAGCUGUGCAAUAAAAUUGGAUUUCCACACUUCACACAUGCAGACGAGGAAUUAGCAAAGGCGUUCGCCGUAUACUGUUGCAUCAGUAUUGUACAUGUUUCCGAAGAAAAGGCCGAAUGGUUAACGACCUGCAACAUUCCUUCUGUGAAAACUCUGCUUCCAAAUCCAGCAUCAUUUUUAUCUAUUCCUCGAGAAAUUAAGUCGGAAGACGAUAGUUUUCUAGCUUUGUUGGGGAUGUUUGAAGAUUUAGAACUUAUCAACAAAUGGCGGCUGUCGCGACGCACGCUGGCUCAUUUCAUUUUAAUGGUCUGUCGAGGCUAUCGGAAUCCUCCCUAUCAUAACUGGACACAUGCUUUUUCAGUCACACACUUCAUCUACAUCUGCGGAAAAAAUCUUCCUCUAACCGGGAACUUUCUCAAGGACAUCGAAUUUCUGGCACUGUUUGUGGCUUCCCUAUGUCACGACAUUGAUCACCGUGGAACAAAUAACGCUUUCCAGCUCCAAUCCAAGUCACUGUUGGCAGCUUUGUACAGUUCGGAUGGUUCUGUUUUGGAGCGCCAUCAUUUCUCACAAACAAUUUGCAUAUUGAACACACCUGGAUGCAAUAUUUUCGAACGCUUCAGUGAAAAGGAAUACGGACAAAUGUUGGACCUCAUACGUGAUAUUAUACUAGCGACAGACCUGGCACAUCACAUCAAUAUAAGCGCCAAUCAGAAACAGAUGGUGGCCCAGGGCUAUGAUGUUAACAAUGGGGAACACCAUCAACUGCUGCUUGCGCUCCUAAUGACAGCCGCUGACCUCAGUGAUCAGACAAAGAGCUGGCAAAACACAGUCGGCGUUGCUAAACUAAUUUAUGAGGAAUUCUUUCGUCAAGGUGACUUGGAGAAAGCAAUCGGUCAAAAUCCGGUGGACAGUAUGGAUCGCGAACGGGCUUGUGUACCUCAGCUACAAAUUUCCUUCCUCGAUUACAUUAUAUCACCGCUGUAUGAAACUUUUGUCAAACUUUUUCCUCAAGCCAAUGCAGUUAUUGCAAAUAUCCGGCGAAAUCGGUCCAGAUGGAAAUAUAUUCUGGAACGUGCCCAACGAGGGGAAUUGAAUGCCAACGGCCUGCAAAUUUUUAACCACGAUUUAAUCGAUGAUGCUCAAUAUCCCAAAAACGGUACUGCUAUGUAACCGAAACUGUGUCAGUGACACACCAAAUGGCGCCAUAAAAUUUGAUGAGAUAAUUUAUGGUCCGUUCUUCAGCUACAGAAAUGCCACUCAUCAUGUUGCCACACGGCAAUCACGUAAAUCCAAAAUAGUUCUAAAACCUGCCCACACAUCCUACUGAUGCUAUUUUCAAUAAACUAUCGUAAAG